CUUGUCAAAAUAACGGUCUGGAUCAACAAACCAUGGGACCCACUAGUGCAUAGUAAGGAUCUGAGUAGAAUAAUACUAUGGGUGGAGUAUCAUAAAUACAACACCUCAUUCCCUCCUCUAGUAUAGUGGUUGGUCCGAAAGCUUAUCAACUCAAAUUAAGAUACGUGGAAAAGACUGGCAAAUUGCAAUCUAAGCAUGCAACCACAAUCUCCUUCUUUUUUACUCCAAAAUCUUGUGUUUUCUUGAUAUUUGAUUGUCUUUCCUAAGUGGGGAUUCUUCUUUCUUUCUUUCUUGAGAGAGAACUGUUUUUUUUUUUUUUUUUUUCAGCCUUUCAUCUCUUGAAUUGGAAAAAUUAGAACUUUGGUAGUGGGUUGUAGAAAGGAAAGCACUUGUGAUUCUGUGGCCUUUAAUAUUCUUCUUUUUCUUCUUUUAAGUGAUUUCUGUUUCUUUUCUGAUGAGAGUAGUAGAUUUUGGAUUUUUAAAUUUUUUUUUUUUUUUUCUGGCUUUUGGGUGUUUGAAAUUUGAGGUCGAUGGCUUGUUUGGUUGAUCAUGGGAACAAAACCGAGAUGGAAAAUAUGGUUUUUUAUGGCUGUUUGGUUAGUUCUUGGGGGUCUUGUUCUUGGCAUUUUCAGUUUCAGGCAUUUGUCUGUUGAAUUAUGGUUUACACCAUGAAAGAAGCAUCACAUGUCUGUGUUCCCAUGACCCCAAAAUGGGAUUUCAAAGUCCAUGAAGCUGCUCAGAGCAGCUUCAGAUCUGCCCACUUCCUUUUUAGUUGUAUUUCAGGGCAGAAACAAGGGACGAGCAUUCAAGAACUUAGUGUGAUUGCCGACGGUGCAGUAGCCGAAUUCAGGAAGUUAGUUUCUCUUCUAGAUGGCCCAUUGCCGGAUCGCAAGAGGAUCAGAAAGGGCCCCUUGCCGAAUUCCCUUAAUGUCGAUCCAAAUGAAUUGAUGGACAGCUCUGAUUCAUCGAUCCCUACACGCACCGGUCCCACUCACUUCAAUCAGGGCCACUCCCAAUUCAGGCAAUUGCUUCCUCUCCAGAGUAAUAGCCCAAAUCCUGUCCUUACACACGCCAGCAGUUUUCAGUUGUAUCGACAAGUACAGCCUUCCAUGUUACAGCGUUGUUAUUCUGAAACCAAUUUUGUUGUUCCGAAGAAUUCGUUCUUGCGAUUGGAUGGUUGUGUUAGUCAGGCAUCGACAGUUCCUUCUGGGCAGUCGCUUGUUUCCUCAAUUAGUUUAGAUGGAAAUAGCACCGAUAAGCGGGUAUUACAGUACUCAUCGUCAUCAAUUCAGUCGGCUCCAACGGGUCAGGAUGAUUACUCUAUGUUCUCUUCCAAGAUCAAGUUUGGAGGAAAGAGCGACGAAGCGAGUACUAGAUGUGCUGCCUCCACAGGAGGAUGUCACUGCUCAAAGCGAAGGAAACUGAGGAUAAAGAGAACCAUCAGAGUUCCCGCCGUAAGUAGCAAAUUAUCAGAUAUACCUUCAGAUGAUUUCUCAUGGAGGAAAUAUGGGCAAAAGCCCAUCAAAGGUUCUCCGCAUCCAAGGAGCUAUUACAAGUGCAGCAGCAUGAGGGGAUGUCCUGCAAGAAAGCAUGUAGAACGCUGUUUGGACGAUCCUAGCAUGAUGAUCGUGACAUAUGAAGGGGAUCACAACCACUCAAGAAUCACAUUCGCCAUGCCCGACAUCAUACUUCAUCCAUAAAAUCAAAAUGGUGAUUACCUUCCCUCCAAGCAAAAGAGGUGGGUAAUCCCAAUUGUCUUUGGCUCUACCUACACUUGGGAAUUAGAAAUUGAAAUCACAUGCUUUCAUGGAGAAGAAGCUUCCUUCUUCCGAAGUUCAUCAGUCCAUAUUUGUGAGUACAAUUCGUAUUUUGCUUCUCCUCCUUGGUUUAGUCUGCCAUGAACGGACACAAAUGGAUCAAAUCGAGAGUUUGUAUUGUGAAUAUUAUCAGCUACAAUGCUUUUCAAAGUUGAUACUAUGUAAAAGAUAAUUUCUAAUCAAAAUAAGGUUAAUAAUCA